AUGGCCACUGACGAGAACUGCAUCUUUUGCAAGAUCAUCGCUGGCAAGAUCCCCUCGCGCAAGUUCCUCGAGACGGAGAAGAGCUAUGCCUUCCUCGAUAUCGGACCUUGCUCGCGGGGCCACAGCCUGAUUAUCCCCAAGCAUCACGCUGCCAAGAUGCACGAGCUUCCGGAUGACAGCCUUGCCGACAUUCUGCCGGUCGCCAAGAAGAUUGCGAUCGCCACGGGAGCGACCGACUACAACGUGCUGCAGAACAAUGGCCGCAUCGCGCACCAGGUCGUGGACCACGUGCACUUUCAUGUUAUCCCCAAGCCUACCGAAGAGCAAGGCCUAGUUGUCGGCUGGCCCUCGACCAAGCCUAACAACGAGGAGCUGGACGAUGUGUACAAGAAGAUGAUGGAGAAAUUGUAG